GAGAGGCGGGAACAAGUCAGGCCGGAGGGCGGGGGCGAAGGGCGGGGCUUGCGCCGGGAAGGAUCGCGAACGAGCUGGGAGGCCCCGCCCUUUCCGUAGAUAUCUCUAGAAAGCCGGGCCGGAGCCUGAAAACAAAGAGUGCGCAGGCGCGGCGGCAGGGCCCGGGCAUUUUGCUGCGUCACCAGCCGCCGCCCGGCCUCACCAGCCCUCGCUCGCACGCACGCACGUUCAUUCUCCGUCCUCGCGUCCCUUUUCCUACACUUUCCUCUUCUCCCCGACCGGAGGAGCCGCUCUGUCCGCGCGGUGCAUUCUGGGGACCCAGGUCGAACCCUCCGCCGCCCUCGUCUGAGAGAAGCGAGAAGAGGCCGCACCGGGGAGAAAACGCCGGAGUCGGCACCGGAGAGGAGUCGAUUGCCCAGCAGCUGCCACCGGAGAGGCCCGCCCACCCGUUUACCCGUCCCCCUGCCCCGUUCACGAUGCAGCCUGCUUCUGCAAAGUGGUACGAUCGAAGGGACUAUGUCUUCAUUGAAUUUUGUGUUGAAGACAGUAAAGAUGUUAAUGUAAAUUUUGAAAAAUCCAAACUUACAUUCAGUUGUCUUGGAGGAAGUGAUAAUUUUAAACAUUUAAAUGAAAUUGAUCUCUUUCACUGUAUUGAUCCAAAUGAUUCCAAGCAUAAAAGAACGGAUAGAUCAAUUUUAUGUUGUUUACGAAAAGGAGAAUCUGGCCAGUCAUGGCCAAGGUUAACAAAAGAAAGGGCAAAGCUUAAUUGGCUUAGUGUGGACUUCAAUAAUUGGAAAGACUGGGAAGAUGAUUCAGAUGAGGACAUGUCCAAUUUUGAUCGUUUCUCUGAGAUGAUGAACAACAUGGGUGGUGAUGAGGAUGUAGAUUUACCAGAAGUAGAUGGAGCAGAUGAUGAUUCACAAGACAGUGAUGAUGAAGUAAGUGCGUUUGUAAAAAAUAUGUAUUACAUAGUGAUAUUUCACAUCAAAGACCAAUUCUCAAAAGAGAAGUUAACUUCUUUACAAUUCUUAGAAGAAAAUGAUUAUUUCUUUAUGGCCCUCUAAUAAAUACCCAAAGCAGAAAUUUGAAUGAUCAAGAUUCAGAUUCAUAAAGAGACAACCAGUUCUCUAGGAAACUGGCUCUGUUGCUGGCUGCUUUUUCUGUAAGACUUUGAAGUUGAUAGAUUAUUUCCUUGUACUUCAUACUAAUCUUUAAAAUCCUUUCAGAAAUGCCAGACCUGGAGUAGGAAUGUUGUCGUCACCAGAUUUUGAGAAGAAAAAUAACUUCUCUGCAAGAUUUCAGAAUUGAGAGAAUUCCUGAAUUGAUAGCUCUAAAGGCAGAUUCUGUAAUUUUGCCUCCUUUAACCCAUUUUUCAACUUGUUUGUUUUCUUAAAGGCUUCAGUAAGGGUUAAUAUUACCAUUGUAUGGGGCAAUUUAAGUCAGUAAAGGAAGCAAUUUUAAGUCACCUUAUGCAUGAACAUUUCCCAGACUUCCAUGACACUGUUGAGGUCAUAGGCAAUUGAUACAGCAAUUGUGAUAAAUAAAAACAUUUCACCUGAGUCUCCUUUACUUCAUAACAUAGAUACUGACAUAAUAGAAAGCUCUUGGCUUACAGAAAGAUAACUUAAGUUUUAGGUUUUAGAACAUGGACUCAAACUGGCCAAAACAAAUUGAUUGAUACCUUAAACUGGUAACCUUUUGUUCCUCUGGUAUAGUCUCAGGAUUGUUCACUAAAGUUUUAUUUUUCAAAAAUUUACUUCACAUUAUUGUACAUAAGUGAUCACUUGUCAGUGUUCCAGAUGUAUCUUAGCUAAAACUAGUGAAUGCCCUAACUUAGAAGGUUUUUGAAGCCUGUACAUUUGGUAUUGUUUGACCCUUAACCUUUUACAUCUCUUAGCAUGGAGGACGAGGAAAGGCUGUACAUUGUUGCUUGAGAGUCUGUACAUUUAGACCAAAUUUGUAUUUGCACUGUCAGUAUGGCAAAUGAGUGAUAAAAAUGUUAAUACACUAUUGGAUUUUUUAUUUUUUUGAUUCAGCUGUACCAGGCUGAAAACCUCAAUUUAUGUUCAUGACAGUGGGAAUUUUUUUUUAAUGUCUACAUUUCUUUCUAAUAAACUGUUGGAAGACUUCUUGGCUGUCCUUUUAAGUGUCUGGUUUACUGUAAUUUCAUGUAUUACCAUUUACUGGAAUGGAGUUAUUUUUACCUGGGGAAGAAUUUGGAUUAUUUCUUUGAAAAAAAUAGGCUUGCUGUAAUGUCACAGGAAAUCUUUUAAAAGUGGAUCUGUAAUAGAAAAUUGUAGAUGCACUUUGCAGCAGUUGGAAAAGAAAGUGUUGUGAUUUGACUGAAAUAAAACUAAAUGUGUUGUCCUCCUCUAAA